GCCAUAGCAGUGUAAGAGCGGAUGCACGGCGUCGCUGGGUGGAGAUGAUGAUCAUGUUGUCCUAGGAUCUUUAACAAUGGACGGGGACCCGCAAUUUCCCGAUGUUGUGUGCAGGUUCCGAUCUGUAUUCUGGAAAGAAAGCCUCGUCGUGGAGUGGAAGUUAUUUUCUUCAGCCAUCGAUUCAAAAAUCGGUCUGUGAUUUGUGAUUCAACCAUCUCACUCUUUAAGUUCUUUCCCCUUUUGCGUCAGAUAGGCAUCCACGGUGCGUGACCGUGGCUUUUUCUCACCGUCUUUCGCCUUCUUUCAGUGUUUGUUGUUUUCGAAUGCAAUAAUAAGAUAUAUCGUUUCGCCUCAAGCAAGUGUGGAUACUACUGUGCAAACCAUACCUGACCACUGGAUAUUACUUUGCUUUUAUUUAUAGAAAGCGAGUGAAUAAAUAAAAUAAUCAGUCUCAGUGCAAAAUAUUUAUCCGAUUUCUUUUUAAUGAUAAGUGGUGGUGAUGAUAUAUUGUCAAGGAGGUGGUUUCAAGUUUCCGUAUGCUGUCGCUAUAUUUCUAUCGGAAAAAGGCUAAUAUUAUUUUGUUAAAUAACGCUCUUCCUGUUCAGGAUACGCGCAUACUUCCCGCCAAUUUGAAUUCUACAAGGAUUACGAAAUUCUUAGGAAUCUGAUGGAUGCCGAAGUCGCCAAAUACCUUUCCGAACUUAACCAGAAAAUAAGAAAAGGAUGCACUGCCCAUAUAACCAGAACGGGGCGGAUCUAUUAUAUGAACCAUGAAACGAAGACCUCUUCAUGGUUACCCCCCGUGGAUUCCUGGGACUCUGGAGGAAUAGGGCUUCCCUAUGGCUGGGAGGCCGCCUUUGACAGGGAAGGAAAAACUUAUUUCAUCAACCAUGUGAACAAAACUACUACCACCGAAGAUCCGAGAAAGGAUUCUGAUGAGGAACCUCCCCAACCUCGUGACGUGGAACUGGUGCGAGAUCCUCAGAAAGGUUUUGGGUUCGUUGCCGGAAGCGAGAAGCCUGUAAUCGUCAGAUUUGUCACAGAAGGUGGUCCGAGCGAAGGCAAGCUCCUCCCCGGCGACCAAAUCCUGGAAAUAAACGGCGAAGAUGUUCUCAAAUCCCCCCGGGAAAGAGUCAUCGAAUUAGUGAGGUCUUGUAAGCAUUCUGUGAAACUCAAGGUGUGCCAACCAAUUACUAAUAAUACCACAAGAAAAUCGGCCCUUCUUACCGCAGCCAAAAAAGCCAAGCUAAAAUCCAAUCCUUCCAGGGUACGUUUCGCAGAAGGAGUCGUCAUCAAUGGAUCCCCUCUCUAUUGUCCGUCCCCCUAUGACUCACACGUACCUUUUAUGCCCAAUGUUCUAAAAGUUUUUCUAGAAAAUGGUCAAACAAAGUCUUUCAAAUAUGACAGCACGACUACAGUUCAGGAUGUACUGAAUGUUCUCCAAGAAAAGCUGUCUAUCAAUUGUCUAGAACAUUUCUCGCUGGUCGUAGAACACAUCAAAUCUGUCCGAAGAAAUAAGCUUUCUAUACUAAGCCCCAAAGAUACUCUCGCAAAGAUUGCAGCGAGGCCUGGUGCCCACCAUUUGCGAUGUCUCUUUCGUCUCACCUUCGUCCCCAAAGAUAUCUACGACCUCAUGCAGAGGGAUCCGGUUGCUUUCGACUACCUUUUCCUGCAGAGUUGCAACGAUGUAGUGAAGGAAAGGUUUGCCCCAGAGCUAAAGUACGACGUAGCCCUGAGGCUAGCCGCUUUGCACCUUCAGCAGCACGCCGUCUCCAGCGGCAUGCAGGGAAAGAUGGUCGUCAAGGCGAUAGAGCGCGAGUACGGCCUAGAGAAGUUCGUCCCCAUGUCUCUUCUGGAAACGAUGAAGCGCAAGGAGCUCCUCAAGUUACUCAACCAACUGAUGAAGCAAAAUCAGGCCCUGAGUGGGCCCGGCCAAAAACAGCUGACGGCGACGCAAGCGAAAUUCCAUUACUUGAAAAUUGUCAGCGAAUUGCCCACUUAUGGAGCCAAGUCCUUCGCCACCUGCACCAAAAAUUCCGCUAUGGAAAUCGCUAUUUUGGUUGGCCCGAGGAUUGGAAUCAGUCAAAUCAGUACUAUUCGGAAUAUAGCUCCAAUCAACCUUGCUCAAUUCGGAGAACUGGAUGGCAUAGAAGUCUCUAGAGAAGAUGAUUUCUCUUACAGAAUCAAAAUUAAGCUGCGUCAUCCAGAAAAGGAGUGCCUGAACAUUCAAAUGGAGGACAGAGAAGCAGAAGAAUUCGUGUUGGUGUUGGAACGAUACUACAGUCAGUUGGUGGGAAUGGAAUUACCUGUUGAUUGGAAGGAUCGGGAUCCAGAGCCGGUCGAAAGAGUUCCAAGUUACCAUAGUCGCCAUAUCGUGCAAGGUUCGCCAUGGAGCUACUGUCCAAAUACAUCGCCACAAAAGCAACUUCCUCCGGCGGACAGUGUCAAUCCCACGCUUAGAGCAGUCGACUUAUCCAUACCUCCACCGCCAUAUAUCCUUUGUGAGGAACGACGUCUUUCCAGAAGCAAUUCAAGGGAUCAGUUCAGUAUCGCCACUAGUCCGAGCUCAGUUGACCACAACAUGAAUGAAAUGCAAGACUUGGUUACAUCCAUCCCCUUGUGCCUCACCAACUCUCCAAAGAAGGAGAACAGCAGUUCAGCCAAAGAUAAAGACACUGAUCCGGAGGAUGGCACCAAAGACGUCAGCUCGAUUGCGGACAUUGCCUUCACCUCUGGAUCGUGUGAGGCCGAGGAGGGCCCCCCUUGCAAACCCAAAGGGGGCCGGGUCUACAGCGCCCCCGAAGAUAUCGACCUGCAUAGCGUCAUGUCCAUGGAGCUGCUGGAGGAGGAGAACGAGUUGGAUGAAAACAGCGAUGAAAGUAUGACGCAACGCAUUGAGAUCAAGAGCCACGAAAUCAUGAGCAGGGUCACGGAAAUGAACAAGAUUGUAAGCGAUGCGCAGCUGUAUUUGCAGAACAGCUGCGAAUCCCAGCCGCGCAAAACAGGUGACCUCGGACUCAAGUCUAAUGAUUCGCUGCUGUUUAUUCCGCGUCACGGCACGCCGGAGGAAUAUAACAACCUGCUGACACCUCGCAGCGAUCUCAUGCCCUCGGAGAGUGAAACCGAAAGCACUCCGACCAACAGUCCGACACACGUAGCCAUGCUGGCCACUGAAGAUCCUGAGGCUAAUAUGAAGAUGUGCUCGAGUUUCGGCCUGCACAGUCCGCAUCUCGUCAUGGCCUCCUUGCAGCAGGAAUCGGAGGACAUAGAGGAACUCCUGAGGCAGCUGCAAAACUCCACUAAUCUACCAUUCGAAGAGAAUGCCCUGUGUCUGGAUCCGGACAUCAUAGAUCUGACAAUCAUACCCCCGCCUUCGGACGAUGUGGAUUUCUGCUGUGUCACCCCCGAUGCCGUGGAUGAUAAGAAGUGCUUCCUGGACCAAGAAACGGGACAGCGAAGAGACUCUUACUCCACUGACACGGAUUUAUCUGAUAAUUUUCAAGGAGACAUCGAAGAUGGCAUUGUUUUCACGGCUGAGCCAGAAGCUCCGGCUGAAGCGGACGCCAGCAACAGCGAAAACAUCGCCACCAGCGAGGACGAUCUCUCUGCCUACAUAAUCCCACCCCCUCCCCCUAGUUCAACGCGGGUAGUGGAGGAGCAGAACCGAGUCCUGGCCAGGUUUCGUCAAGCCGCGGAAGAAAUCCGUCGCAUGAUGGCCCACGGCAACGAAAGCCUCUCCGGAUCCAAGUACUCGGACAGCAUGAAUUCUGUCAGCAAGUUCUGCACCAUCCCGCGAAGGCACGAAGAAUCCCACAGACCCACCUUGUCUUCCCUCGCCUCCCUCGUGACCCCUGUGAGGGAGACCCACGGUGGCAAGUUUGACACUGCCGCCACAUCACCAGCAUCGGAAGGUGCCGCUCAGAAUGAUGACCAUUCAACUAAUAAAGACUGCCCUGUGAAUGGAUCCGGAGUCGAUUCUGAAACAGGCGUCAGCUGGAGACCUCAGCCACCGCCUCGAGUAAAAAGAAACUCCUUGAUAUCGUCAGAUAUCCAUACUGGGCUUCACAAUCAUGCAGGAGGGAAUGCUAGGAGGAACUCUGUUGCGGUUUCCAGCGAGCAUUCCUCAUCCGUCUCUGUGCUUGGAAUCAAAGAGCAGACUAGUCAGAAUGACUCUUCUGACAGCGGUCCUCAAGAUCGUCGGAACUCUCACGAAGUGUCUGGUGGCUAUCAGACGUCUCAUGUCAACGGUUACCAGAAUGGCCACCAGUCGUCACACCAAGCGUAUCUGUACAACGGAUAUUCUGAAGAAAAUGAACCCAAUGGCCAUGACGGCGAGUUCUAUGUGAAUGGUGAAUACAGUGGCUACGACUCGAGCGAGUUCCAGCCUGGUGCAACUGAAUGUGAUGCUUGUGUCGGUGGCAAGAAUGGACUUGUUAACGGUUGCGUCUGCAAGAAACUGAACCGUUUCUUGAGCUAUCACCAGUCUUUACCCAGGAAAGCUAUUAAUACUAAACUACAGCCAGUUAAUGGCGGACCUCUGGAGAAUGGUUUCGACCCUCUCAAUGGUAAAGUAUCUUUCCAUUCUGCUCAACAGGAGAUCGCCGACAUGAUUGAGAAUCUGGACUUGGCUUGCAAAGCCCGCCUUCAGGAAUGUUCUGAAUGUCUGCCCAAGGCUCAGCCUGGCAACUCCAAGCUUGCCAAAGUUCGAGACACUCUUAUUUAUGAAUCCAGACAGUUUGUGACUGCUUCGAAACUCUUCGUGAAGAGCAUCACGGAAUCUUCUGACAAAAUGGAAGAACAUCUAACAACGUGUAUAGCUCUUCUAGACCGUAUUUUCGCAGUUAGUGAACUGGUCGUCAUGGAGAUGACGCUACCUUCUCAAAUUAACAGUUUAGUAGAAAAACUUAAAGAAAUGGCUGUUGCAUAUUCUAGAACUGUUCAAGCUGCCCAUUCCGCGGCGUCUGGUGAAAUACCGAACUCGAAUAUAGCAGGCCUUAUGCACCAGGCAACAUCUCUGGCAACUUCAUUGACAGUACUGAUGAGAACACUGCGGACAUUUAAUGGUCCUUGAGAUUUUAUUAGCAUCUAAGUCAUUCAUGAGUUCUUUUUACGCAUUUUUAUUUGCUAUCUCUUCUGUUUAUGCCGUGUUAUAUUUUCAGCAGAAAUCUCACAUACAUUCCUUUCUGCGAAUGAAGGCAUUCGAUUGAACAGAUAACAGCCGUGUAUUAAAAUGAGCUGUUUCCAUUUUCGUAUCUGCUUUCUUUUCAUCAUAGCUAGUUCUCAGGGUCGUAUCUCCCUUUAAAGAAUUAUGAAAAUAUCUAGAUGUUCAUUUUCAUAUGGAAUCUUUCUAACAAUUUUGAAUUGUUAGCAAAAAAUAAAAUGAAUAAAUAA